AUGGAUUUGGAGGGCAGCGACUCUCCAUGGGGCGAUGUUCCCUCCCACUCCAAGGUCAACGACGGAAAAGAGCCAGCUAAAGAGACCCAGCCAGCCGCUGAGCAGUCGUCGACAUCACUCUCAGUUCCUCAGUCACCACCGGCCGCGCGAGGUCCCCGAGCACCACGUAAGGUUAGCGCGCAGGUAGUCAAGCUAGAACCUGCAGGAGAUGUUCUUGAUCCUCUCGGGCCUUUGGGCGAGACAUCCUCGUUCUCAGCUGCGGAUGCUCAGACACAGGACCAGCGACCUGCGCCCCCGCGCAAGGAGUCGUUUACAUCUCGGAGUGCUCGGCCUACCUCAUCAGCAUCGCAAACAUCUAGCGUAGCAGGCGUGACAACGCUGAUGGAAUCUGUUGAUCUUGAUGAAGACGGUCCUUCUGCGCGGGCAAAGGGGCCUCCGCCUGUCCAGCCGGCAUCCGCUUUGUCAACCGGAGAUAAACGACAAAAUCAAAGUAUCAGUGUUGAACAGGCUGCGAAGCCAUCGUUCUACAUUACCGUUGGAGAUCCACAUAAAGUCGGAGAUAUCACCAGCAGUCAUAUAGUCUACCAAGUUAGGACGAAGACAACUUCGAAGGCAUAUGUACGACCUGAAUUUACGGUCACUAGACGGUACCGAGACUUUCUAUGGCUGUACAACUCUUUACAUUCAAACAACCCUGGAAUCGUUGUACCGCCUCCUCCGGAGAAGCAGGCAGUCGGCAGAUUCGAUACCAACUUCGUCGAGUCUAGACGAGCGGCAUUGGAGCGUAUGCUCAACAAAAUUGCGGCCCAUCCUACACUACAACAUGAUGGGGACCUCAAGAUAUUCCUGGAGAGCGAGUCAUUUACCAUGGAUGUAAAGAAUAAGGAAAACCGCGAACCUGAUCUCGGGCAGAGUAAGGGCAUGUUCAGCUCUCUUGGAAUAUCUGUUGGAAGCAGUGGAAAGUUUAUAGAACAUGACGACUGGUUCCAUGAUCGAAAAAUCUACCUAGACGCUCUUGAGACUCAGCUAAGAGCUCUAUUAAAGGCCGUUGAUACCGUCGUAGCCCAGCGUAAAAAUCUUGCUGAAGCUGCCAGUGAUUUCUCCACCUCUCUUCACUCCCUUGCAAGCGUUGAACUCUCUCCUGCUCUCUCCGGCCCUCUUGAUGGCCUUGCCGAAGUUCAACUUCGGAUUCGUGAACUCUACGAGCGUCAGGCACAACAGGAUGUCCUGACACUUGGUAUCACCAUGGAUGAAUACAUUCGACUCAUUGGAAGUGUUAAGACGGCAUUUACCCAACGUCAGAAAUCGUACCACACAUGGCAUGCAGCCGAGUCUGAUUUGCAGAAGAAGAAGAACACGCGUGAUAAACUGCUUAGGCAGGGCAAGUCACAACAGGACCGGUUGAAUCAAGCUCAUGCAGAGGUUGCGGAUGCGGAGAAGAGAGUUCAUCAGUCGAGAUUACUGUUCGAAGAUUUGGGGAGAGUAAUGCGGAAUGAGCUGGAAAGGUUUGAAAGGGAAAAGGUUGAAGAUUUCAAGUCCGGAGUGGAAACAUUUUUGGAGAGCGCCGUUGAAGCUCAGAAGGAGCUCAUUGAACUAUGGGAAACAUUCCUCCUCCAGCUUGAUGCUGAUGAAGACCCAGCUCCUGCUCAUACUCCUGUCGCUGCUCCCUCUUCUGAAGGCAAUGGGCCAAGCCACCAGCCUUCAGAAAGCAACAGUACAUCCAGAGACCAAGACGAGGCCUGA